AUGCUGAUUCGCAACAAGUUUCACGCGGAAAUCCUAAAGCCUCCGAAGCAGGACGUCAGCAGACCGAAGCAGGACGUCAGCAGACCGAAGCAGGACGUCAGCAGACCGAAGCAGGACGUCAGCAGACCGAAGCAGGACGUCAGCAGACCCGAAGCAGGACGUCAGCAGACCGAGCAGGACGUCAGCAGACCGAAGCAGGACGUCAGCAGACCGAAGCAGGACGUCAGCAGACCGAAGCAGGACGAGCAGAAAGCAGGACGUCAGCAGACCGAAGCAGGACGUCAGCAGACCGAAGCAGGACGUCAGCAGACCGAAGCAGGACGUCAGCAGACCGAAGCAGGACGUCAGCAGACCGAAGCAACGUCAGCAGGACGUCGAAGCAGGACGUCAGCAGACGAAGCAGGAAGCAGGACAGUCAGCAGAGAGCAGAAGAUCGAAGCAGGACGUCGAAGCAGACCGAAGCAGGACGUCAGCCCGAAGCAGGACGACGAGCAGGACGUCAGGAAAGCAGGACGUCAGCAACCGAAGCAGACGUCAGCAGACCGAAGCAGGACGUCAGCACGACCGAAGCAGGACGUCAGCGAAGCAGGACGUCAGCAGACCGAAGCAGGAGUCAGCAGACCGAAGCAGGACGUCAGCAGACGUCGAAGCAGACCGAAGCAGGACGUCAGCAGACCGAAGCAGGACGUCAGCAGACCGAAGCAGGACGUCAGCAGACCGAAGCAGGACGAGCAGCAGGACGUCAGUCAGCACCGAAGCAGGACGUCAGCAGACCGAAGCAGACGUCAGCGAAGCAGAGCAGAUCGAAGCAGACCGAAGCAGGAUCCAGAUUACGUCAGCAGACGAAGCAGGAAGCACGAGACCGAAGCAGGACGUCAGCAGAUCGAAGCAGGACGUCAGCAGAUCGAAGCAGGACGUCAGCAGACCGAAGCAGGACGUCAGCAGACCGAAGCAGGACGUCAGCAGAUCGAAGCAGGAAGCGAAGCAGACGUCAGCAGACCGAAGCAGGACGUCAGCAGACGAAGCAGGACGUCAGCAGAUCCGAAGCAGGACGUCACAGAUGUCAGCCGAACCAGUAGAACCCAACAGCUGAUGACUUGCAAGGCGAACCCACUGAAUUGCAAAUAUAUUGAAGAACACAAGAGAAUUAUCUUUAUAUGUUAA